CGGCACCACACACCAUACCUCGAUAAUAAAUAACAACAAACGAAAGGAAAGUUGUCUACGCCUCCACCGUUCACGACUGUGUCCUCUGUUCAGGGAAAUAACGAGAGCCAACUCUGGUAGGUUACUUCUGUGCUGAGUGAAAGCUGUGCGUCUUGACCUUGACCUCUGCCACUGAUGGGGAAGACGAGCAAGAUCCUCCUGUGUGGGCGGUCUGGGGUGGGCAAGACAGCCGUCCUGGAGCAACUCCUCUAUGGCAACCACAUCGUGGAGGCGCCCACUCAUUCCACAUUGGAAGACAUCUACACCGCAGUGAUUGAGACAGACCGGGGGGUCAAAGAAAAGGUUCGAAUAUUUGAUGUUGGAAUGCCGGAAGGAAAGGACACAGAGUUGCCUCGCCACUACCUCAACUUCCCAGACGGUUUCAUUCUAGUGUAUGACGUCACAAGCUUUGAGUCGUUCAAACUUCUGGACCGACUGAAGAAAGACAUGGACAAACACAAGGACAAAAGAGAGGGUCAUAUCGUUGUCAUUGGCAACAAGAGUGAGCUGACGGAGAGAAGAGAGGUCCAGUUUCAGACGGCCAUGGCCUGGGCCUCCAAGGAAAAAGUUCGUCUUUGGGAAGUGUCGGUGCCCAACAGGAAGUCCCUUGUAGAACCGUUUGUGUGGCUCACCUCCAAGAUCACCCAGCCCACAGGUAAAAGCAACUUCCUCCCCGGUCGUAAGACGAAGUCGUCUGCCAGUGGGAACCUGGACACCAGCUGAUGGGGGAAUGUUGUUCCGGAGCUUGUGUCUCGUCUGAGGUCACGUGAUACAACAGUGGGAGUGUCUGGUCUGACGUCACGUGAUACAACAAUGGGAGUGUCUGGUCUGACGUCACGUGAUACAACAGUGGGAGUGUCUGGUCUGACGUCACGUGAUACAACAGUGGGAGUGUCUGGUCUGACGUCACGUGAUACAACAGUGGGAGUGUCUGGUCUGACGUCACGUGAUACAACAGUGGGAGUGUCUGGUCUGAGGUCACGUGAUACAACAGUGGGAGUGUCUGGUCUGACGUCACGUGAUACAACAGUGGGAGUGUCUGGUCUGACGUCACGUGAUACAACAGUGGGAACCUGGACACCAGCUGAUGGGAGAAUGAUGUCGUUGAUGGGUCUGGUCGUGUGCACGCUUGUGUCUCGUCUGGAUUUUUGGAACUAUGUGGCUCACCUAACUUGUUGGAUUUUGUAUUUUAUCAGUUUUAGGGCUAAUCUAUGAAUGUGAUGCUGUGGGGGUUUUGUUGAUAAAAGGGCUUUGUUAUUACCACAUCAUAAGACUGUCUUGUCUCGGGUCUUGUACACAGAACCAAACGUAAAUCCUAACUCUGAACGUUGUUUUGUCUGUGGCAGGCUAUAUCGGAAAUGUCAUUGUCAAUGUCUCUGUGGGUUUUAUUGGGACUCCAGUAGCUGCAGUGUCACCUGAAAACUUAGAAGAGCAGAAUGUUCAAGGUUUAUUUGGAUUCUAUGGUGGUGCUCCAGAAAUAUAAAACAUUUGUAAUCUGUUUGCAGAAGAAAGAAAGAAGGUUUAGGUGGCUACACUAGACUUUUUUCCCUUCAGCAUUUACAACGAUUAAGUUUGCCUCCUGUCUUUUACAGUUUGCUCAUGUUCUUAGUCCAAUUUUAUAUCUUACAUUCAGUGUGUGCUAUUAAUACAGAUUUUUUACUAGGAUCCAAUCAUAUUGUAAACUCUACUAGACACCGUCGUGGGUUCUUUGUUUUCUCAUUGGUCGAGCCACAAGAUUGGAGAUCUCUCGCCCAGGAUGUUCUUGACUGUCUCUCACUUAGAA